GGAAAGCUCAUUCUUCCGAAGCGACUUGGCGGCCAUGGUUAUACGCGCCCAGCGUUGAAAAUCGAGCCCAAACCUGAAGUCCACCUCACCGAACAGGUAUCUGAGUCUAGCGAUAGUCUUGGAAGCUUCAUGAACAGACCAGCCGUCAUCUUCAACAAGCAUAAGGCGGAUGGAUUCUUUGCUGGAGUCAACGCUAAAGACGUAACUUUGACUCAGAGUGCACCACACACGUUCUCAAGGUACACUUCUGGGAGAGAAACAAAGCCUCCUUUGACACCACAGCACGGUACACAGGCUCGGGUACAAGGCCGAACAUCUCUAUCCCAGAACUUUAACCUGUUUCUGGAACGUGCGAGAUGGAGUGGGAGCAAGAGAAAAGAGGCAGAUACAUCGGGAUAUAAUUGCAACGUCGUUCUCCGCGACCGCUCGGGUAGGACAACGCGAUGGUUCCGGCCCAUGGAAAUCUGUACAUCGGGAGGCACCGACAACAUGGGUCACCAGGAAAUCCCAGGAAAAAUACCAUCGGUGGCAAAGUAUACAACGAAUAAAUGUCGGCGCAUAUUGGGGGUCGUUUUUCCGGCAUAUGGCUCCCCGCGAAACGUGGCUGCACAAGAAGACGUUGGUAGGAAACGACGCGACAGAGAUGGCUGCAAAGAUAAAGAUGUGUCUGACACAGAAUCGGACUCGACAAACUCGGGGGAGAAUUCGACAAGCUCGACCAGCACACCACCAGAAGGCUACAGCCAUGAUGGAUAUGACACCCAUUACCAAGCAGCGAGUUCGGAGGCGAGCCUCCAUCAGGCUAACGGUCUGAUUUGCUGCUGCUUGUGGCCUUCACUGUCUAGACACCAGCAUAGAAAAUUUCAUCCUGACCGUGGGCAUCAGACGGAGUCAGCACCCAAACACACACAGGUACUAGCUCCUUCAUCAGGCGGUACUCAGCCAUCAUUAGGUCGCACACAAGCGAGAUCAAUCUCGGAUUCAGGGCAAGUGCACACGACACCUACUCAGCUGAAAAUAGAGUCAGCAUCCGUUCCUAGUGGCCGAACAUACCCGCCCUCAGCCCAAGAUUGGAGGGUGGACCAGACCUCCGAAUCCCAUCAAGUUCUGAGACUGGGAGUACGCUCCGUUGGCGUCCAGACGACGGAGAUGGCCCGGGUAAUUCUCAUGGCGUCUCGUCUUAUUAAAACAUCCGGUGUUACAUCGUUUAUCCCAAGCCUGAUAGUCGGGCCUAUUGAAGCAGGAGCACUUGGAAACGGGUUCUUGACCGGGGCGUUCUGUGUGCAGGCGUACAUAUACUUCACUAGGUUCUCUGCGGAUAAACGAAGCUUCAAGGCAAUGGCAUUAAUCCUCCUUCUGCUUCAGCUUGCGCAUUUUGCUAGUGGAUGCUUCCUCUCGUGGAACAUGACCGUUUCUGCUGUGGAGGAUCCACUGUCUCUGCUAUGGGAUGUAACAGUCCCAAUAAGUGUGGUAACUCUCUUGACUAUGCUCUUAGCGUUCGUGGUGCAGUUAUCGGAAAAGGCCUGGAUACCAGCGAUAAUCGGAAUGUUCCUCAUAUGUCUUCGACAAAUACCUGCAUAUGUUCUAUUUGACACAAGCACAGUCGAAGACGUCCUGGCUUAUCGGGACAGACAAACCUUACUCGUCCUUGCAUUCACGUCUGCACUCAUAUCCGAUGCCUGGAUGACAUUUAUUGUUGUCUACUACCUUUGGCGGAAGCAAAAAGAUAUGAACUCGGAAAGAGAGCGGCUUGUGCACUUGCUUGAUUUCAGCGCUCGUUCUAGCUACAAUAUAUGGCUUUCUAUCUACAUCCUCUUUGGAUCAGUAUACGCCAAUGUUAUGAUGUCAACGAUGAACGGGCGAUGGAUACUACGUCAUCAUAGCGAAGUAAUAAUCUACCAAAACAAUCGUAAUGUUUCCAGGCAAAAGAUGGGUUACAACCAGAGAAGAGGCAGUCAGGGCAUCGCUGCCAAUAUUCCCGUAGAGAAUGCACCAGAAUCCGCAUAA